UUAGCGUGUCUACCAUCUCUCAUCUAUGCUGAACUCGCCACUGGCCUCUGUUGGCUUUAUUAAUAUAGUUAAGUUUCAUUUGCGGUUCUAUCAUGGCAUUAACAGUUGAUGAAGUGUUGGAACAGAUUGGAGGUUAUGAAAAAUAUCAAAUCCUGCUGUUAUUUAUGUUUGGUUAUGUUGCCAUUACAUUGGAUAGUUUUCCAACCAUGAUAGUGACAUUUAUAACAGCGGAACCAGAUUGGGUUUGUGUACAAGGAAAUAACAGCAUGUGUAACUUCACUGAAGCUAUCUCGCUCACCAGCGAUCAUUAUAUGGCAAGAUGUGAUAUGCCCAGAGAUAACUGGACUUAUGUUUCUGAUUUUACAUCGACGGUUACGGAGUUUGACCUUGUUUGCGAAAAAUCGUAUCUACAGUCAGUUGCCCAAUCAUGCUACUGGGCAGGAGUUAUGGUUGGUCUAAUUAUUGGUGGUUAUUUAUCAGAUAGAUUUGGAAGAAAAAAAGUGUUUUACAUUGGAGUUGUCGGCAUUGUUGUAGCAACCUGGGCGAUGGUCUUUCCAAAGUAUUUUGCUGUUUUUAUAGCGGGAAGGCUGUUUAAUGGCCUGGGAUCAGGAUUGAUGAAUGCGACAUAUUACGUGAUUGUUGCAGAGUAUACUUCAAAGAGACACCGUGCUAGAUUAUGCAUUUCUUUAUUUUAUUUCUGGAUUAUUGCCCUGCUCUUAUUGGCUCUUCUGGCAUAUCUUAUAUGUGACUGGAGAACUUUAUUACUCUGUUCUGCAGUUUUGGGGACUCCUGGUUUAGCUCUCUGGUGGUUCACACCUGAAUCAGUGCGAUGGUUAUUGCUUCAAGGCCAGGAAGAUAUGGCCAGAAAAGAACUUGCUAAAGCAGCAAGGAUUAACAAGAGAGAUAUGCCAAAAGAUGAACUGAUGAAGCCUGAAACAACGGAGACACACGGAAAUCUCUUUCAUCUAUUUCAAAAUGCCAAGUUGGCAAAAUCCACUUUAAUUAAUUGGGAUAUUUGGUUUACUGUGGCGCUUGUGUAUUAUGGUGUUUCUUAUGGCUCGGUCGAUCUUGGCUGGGAUAGAUAUCUCACGUUUGCUUUAACCAGCCUUGUCGAGUUUCCAGCUGUUUAUCUGUCGGUAUAUCUGGCUGAGAGACUGGGUCGAAAGAAGAGCACCAUUUUAGGAUUGGCAGUGUCUUGUGUUGCUUCCAUUAUAGCGAUAUCAAUGCCGGAGGAUAGAUCUAAAAUGGGUUUUAUUGCUGGCCGUAUAGCUAUGGCGGCCUUGGCAAGACUCUUUAUCAAUGUGUCUUUCGCCUGUAUUUAUCUCUGGAUUGUCGAGAUAUAUCCAACCUUUUUACGAUCAAUGGCACUAAGCACGGCUUCAGCAUCAGGAAGACUGGGAUCGUUUACUGCAAGUUACGUCAUUUGGUUGAUUCGCAUUCAUCCAUUACUACCGUUUGGAAUCAUGGGAUUAAUGUGCCUAAAGUCUGCUUUUCUUGCAUUUCUUCUUCCUGAGACGCAGGGACAGGAUACACUGGAGACUAUUAGGGACACGAUGCAGAAUAUUAACAGCCGAGAGAAUAACAGCCGAGAGAAUGUUAAACAGAAUGAUAAUGCACUGAGGUCUGAGACUAAGUUUUAAAUAUUAUUGAAUAUUAUUAUCCUUUCAAUAAUAUGUUAUUGGUUGUUCUUCAGCAACACAUACUUAUAAAUCAUUUUUAAUCACAAUGAGUUUUCACAAUCAUGUAGCCAAGAAAAUUUCUUGCACCAAAGCCAAAGGUAAUAAUAGCUUGUAUUUGUAAAACAAUUUGAGUUUUUCAGUCUCGCACGGUCCUUUGUAAAACGUGACAGGUAAAAAGUGGAACCUCAAUCUUUCCUGCUCUGUUACCGAACUAUUUGACGUCAUGCCUCAUGGACAUUGUUGGGUGGAACUGGAAGGGUAACGCUACAUUUGGAUAAAGCCGUCGGCUUAGGCACAGCACAAAUGUAGGUUUUUAGCCCUUCAUUCACAGAUCAUGGCAACUGACCUAUACCGAACUAUGGUAUACCUCAGAUGUCCCGGCAUUUUAAUAUUAAUUUGAUUUGCAGAGCCAGCAGAGGUGUGUCUUACAUACCUAGUUUAUAGAAAUUGGUACCACAGCAUAUUAGUGGAACACAAGAAACUCCAUCUCUGUAUGCAAUAUGUUACUGUGAUUGUAUACAAAAAUCCAAAAACAUACCUAAAUCCACCGUAUAUAUUUCUUUACGAUAUAAUCGCUACGGCAGGUAUAGGUACCUACAGCAUGUUUAAUGGCCAAUCAGAUCGCGUUUCCCUGUGACGUAACUUUAUUUGAGAGUUUUCAACAAAAAUAACUUGAUGAAUAAAGUGAAUAUGUAUGUGGCCAAGGUGAUAGGUUGGUCUUUUACUAGUAUUUGAAGUAUUCGACAAGUGGACACGUAUGUUAUAUUGGGAUGGUUCAAAAUGUAGAUGAAUGAAAUAUGUAGAGCUGGUGUAUAAUGUUUCAGUUACAUGUACUUGCUGCACAUUGCACAUUGCUAAAUUUGUUGCCUUUUCUGGUCGGUUUAUUCCAGAAGGUGGCAGGAUCAAAUGAUGACGAUGAUUGCUUUCCUGAUAAGUGUACAAUAAAUGAAUUUUGCUGUGAUGGUGAAUGCUGUUCAAACUUUACAAAGAACUGGUUUGCAUGGUCAGUCCUGGUAGUCAUCAUUUUUACAAUUAUUAUCACUUGUUUAUGUGUUCCUCGCAUGACAAAUUGGACACACAACACUCAGCCCGUUUAUUAUCAUCUUAUAUCACCUGGAACAUACAGAUUAUAUGAUACAACAUCUUAUCAACAACAGCCAACUAUCCCACAAAACAAUUCACUUGAUGUUGGAAAGGAACACUUAUCAUAUCAACCUUACAGAUAUGAAAGACUUGUUCAACAAACUUCACCAAAUUUUAAUUAUCCCGAGCCAUCAGCACCACCAAAGAGUCCCUGAAAUUAUAGUCACAUGUGACAAGGGAUAUCAUGCAUAUUAAACUAUGCUUUAGUUCUGGUCUACAGUGUUGAAAUAAGACCAGAAAUUCAAGAAUCAAGUAUGAAUUUUUUUAUCAAAUUCAGUUUAGUGCUGUUAAAAUGGAUUGGGAUUCAUACUGUAUGAGAUAUACUGUAUGAGACAUAUAUUGUAUUCUCAAUAGAGAAUGAUAAUUUAUUUAGGAUUGUAAAUAAAAUGUGCUUAGGAUAGUCUAGAACUGUGGUUUGUAGAAAAGUUUUGAGAAAUCAUAUAGUUUCUCUGUUCAAACCAAUAACAGACGUAGUCGAAAAAGAAUAAUAUUUGCUAAUAUUUGUUCAGAUAGUCCUAUACACUACACUUGUGAGGCUCCUCGUCUAAAACAUUAGACGUUCAACAAUUCGUUUUAAACCAUCAUGUUACCGAGAAACUAAACCAAAGAUGGUUAAUUUUCUCAUGCAAGAAAAAAAUGAUGAAUAUUGAAUUUUUACUUAGUCCAACAGGAUAGUAAAAAACUUUUAGCGUUAUAACGUCUUAAAGGCCGCUGAGAGGUUGAUGGUGUUUGCUUGAGGCUAAGAAGUAACAACGUAUGAUUUACUACAGGAGUACAGCUAAUUAUUACCAGACAGCGCAAACUUUUUAUGCAACUUGGCUUUCUCCAAAACGAGUGCCAAGCAUUUAAAAAUUUAAUUCACUUAUGCAAUUCCCAUGCAUAUGGCUUAUUUAUUUUGAACUUCAAAUUCACACCACGUCGACCUACUGCGUCGUAAGAUAAGGUCUGAGAUAAGGUCAUAAUUAUGUGGAGUAAACCAUAGAUAGUAUAUGGUGCCCGCAUUGACUGGGCUGCCUAAUGAAUAAACCCAAUUCAUUGUGGUUAUUAAUUGUAGGAGCGGUGUAUGAUUUAUUUAAAAUACUUUAUAUUAUUAUAUAAUAUAUGCGACUCUACGCAGAUUAAUGCAUGUGAUCUAUUAGAGUGUUCAACUUUGAACCUUCCUCCGGGUGGUACCCGCGUAACGCAGCUUUUUUGCAACUCUGUUAUAUAC